AUAUCGUUACCCAUCCCCAGCUUGAACGGUGCAACGGAACGUUGAUACUUAAAUGUUUACUUAAAAUUAAAAGAGUGUCUUAAAACUGUAGCUAUGUGGAUGAUGCCAGCAAACAGCAACUGUUUUAUCCAACAAUUAAAGCUAAAAUGCUGCACACGGAAUCAUUGCCCACACAUCAAGGCAUUUACACGCCGCUAAGUCAGGCAAUGACCGAUUCCGAGUCCGAUGAGGAGAUUGAGAUACACAACGCCAGCAAGCAUCGACAGCAGCAACACCAAUUGCAAUUGCAGCAGCAGCAGCAACAAUUGCAGCUACAACAGCAGCAACAACAACGUAAUCGCAGUCGCAUACCACCAAAUACAUUGGCAUUAAAGUCGCCACACACACGUUCCACAGCCACAAGGAUUGUGAAGCAGCAACAACAACAACAGCAAUCGAAAUUGAAAUCCGAACACAGCAGCAACAGCAAUAACAGCAACAGCAACAUCAAUAACAGCAACAGCAGUUACACCAACAACAUGCAGAAUACUUUUCGCUCCGUGAUGCUCAGUGAUUUGGGCAGCAACACAGCCGGCAAUGUUGGUGUGGAGUUCUCCAAUUUCAAUGGGGAAUACGAUGUGAAUGCGGAUAAUGUCGCCAUUUUGGGCCACAACCUGGAACAGACCAAAAUGUUGCCCAUGUCAACGAAGCGUCGUUGUUGCUUUAUCGCCUCCCUGUUGCUCUGUCUGUUUGCUGUGGUGGGUUUCGUUUGGUUGAUACCCUGCGGCAAUGCGGAUGGCACCGGCGCCUGUCCGGCGCCCGUGGAUCGCAUCAAGACGCACAACUGGCUGAAUAACUAUACAAGGAUUGAGCUGCGUGGCGGCGUUAAUGUGGUUGCUGGUUUGCGCGCCUGGGAGAACAAUCUGGUGUUUCUGUAUCGCGGCGAUGUGUUCUUUCCAGAGUUCCGGGUCAAUAAUCACAAGCGUAAUGGCAUCAUCUCGUUGAUUGGCAAUUCGGGCGCGGUGGCCUGGUACGAUGAGACGGUGGAUGAGCCGGUGGCCAUUGAUUGCAGCCUGCUGGAUGUGGACAACAAUGGCAAACCGGACUGUCUGGUCAUCGAUGAGUAUGGCGAACUGGGCGUCAUCAAUUCCGCCAGCGGUCAGUGGCAUUGGCGUUUCAUGGAGCACUCCACGCGCAAACUGGAUGCCUAUGAUUUUCCACUUAUACUACCCGAUCUGGAUGGUGAUAAUGUUUUAGAUAUCCUGCUCAUAUCCAGCAUAUCGCUGGAGCAGCGCACCAAGACAUUUGUGCAGCAGCAACAGUUGCCGGGAUCAGCGGCAGCAGUACAACUGGAGGCACGCAAUGUGCUGCGUCUGUUAUCAGGACGCCGUGGAGAACCUAUUGGCGAUGGCUUUCGGCUGCACGACUGCACACAGUUGUCCCGACUGCAGCUGGAAUCCAGCAAGGGUGUCAGCUCCGUCAGCUACAGCUGCUGGCGCAACAAUACGGAGCAGCAAGGCUCCAAGACGCUGGCCGAGCUCUAUGCGCUGAUUACCAACAAGUCGAUAGUGGGACAGCGACUGUUGCCCGCCUCCAAGAUUGCGCAGCAUCGUCGACACGGACAGCGCCGGGAUAUGGAGGCACAGCGUAAUGUCUACUCUCUCAGCGGACGGGAGCUGAUUGUGGAGAAUCGCGGCAAGUGUCCCGAUUGCAAUGUGACGCUGGUGUUGACGGAAACCCGUGAUGGCCGGAGGAUCACCUUGCGCAACUUCACCAAUAAUGGCAUGUAUGGCAUGGUGCCGGCACAGUGGCACUUUAAGAACACCAAGUCCAAGAUGUCCGGCUUUGUGAUGAAGUUCUGGAAGUGGCAUGGAGCAGCAAGGCAACAAGCUGUGCCGCAAGCCGCGUCGAGCAGCGGCAACAACAGCGUGGACAAAACCAGCAAUUAUACAAACAGCAGCGGCAGCAGCUCCAACUCCAAGCAUCUGAAUGCCAUCAAGGAGAAGGAGAAGGAUAAAGCCAAGGACAAGGACAAGGACAAAUCAUACUCCAAGUCAGCACAAAAGAAGCAGCAACAACAGCAACAACAGCAACAGCAACAACAACGCUUGAAACGUGAUUCAUUACUCACACAUGAGUUUCCCGCGGAGCGAGAGGAGUUUGAUCACUUGGAGCAUCUGUUGCCCAUACAGAAAAGGGAGACUUUUAAUGUGCCCGCCAAGAAUCGCAGCAAAGCGAACGCUGGACAGGCACAACUGAUGAAAAACUAUAAAAUGCAAAUGAUCACAGAGACCGUAAUCUUGGUGCUCUUUAUUGGCGCCGACACACGCAUCGAGAACACCUCGCAGAGCAACAUUGUCCAGUUCUGUCGCCAGGAUCGCAAUGAGAUGAUUUGCCAGCCGGAUUUAAUAAACCAGGAGAACUCAAUGCUUAUCGCCGAUCUCGAUAUGGAUGGUUCACAGGAGUUGGUCUCCUACAUGUCCACCUUUGUGCCAUCCGAUGAGGAUCCCGAGAACAAUUGGAAACUGGUCAGCUAUGUGCGUUUGCUGCGUCUUCAAUCCGAGUUGCCAGCCUACUACGAUCAGGAGAAGCGCAACUAGGAGGAGAUUAAGUAAGAGAGAGAGGGGAAGAACCAGGACACAGGAACGUGCAUUUAAGCGAACACCAAAAUAUGUAACACGUACUUAGUAGUAGUUAAAUUGCUCUAGUUGCAUGUAUUACAAUUAAAACAUUAACAAUUACGAUUGUAUAUUAUAAAAUAAACAUCCUUUUCUAGACUCCCA